CACAACGCACUUACCGUGAGCCGCUAUGAGGUCUUCACAUAGGGUAAUUUUGAUCCCAAUUCCUCAUGAUCACCACCGGUUCCCUCUUUCUACGUUCAUAGUCAUCUCCAGAUAACUGUCGCAUGUUUGCGUGAAAGUCAAGACAAAUGACGUCAGAGUCUCACACCAGGCGGCACACUGCUUUGUCCACCCAACCAGUUCCUUCCAAGUCAGCCAAACUCGUCCAUCCAUGUUUCCUUGUAUGUGAAACAUGUCGAGACGAGACAACACAAGCGAGACCUGCGUAGCAGUCGCGUCAUCUGUGCGCAAACAGGAAACUGCGAUGAAUUGACCUUGCGACCAUAACACAAAGACAAUUCAAGUCGUCAACUCACCACCAUUGUUCAACCCACCACUCCUCACUUCCUCCCCCCAUCUUGCCUGUCUAUACAUCUUCUCUUUCACGUUGAAUUUCAAGAAUAAUCUCCUUGAACAACAAGAUGUCGUCUAUCAUCGCCGCCAUCAAAGACCUCGUCGCCUCGCUCCUCAACCUCGUCUAUUCCUUCUUUACUACCGCCGGCGCCCUCGUACAAAAGACGUUGAGCUUUGGCCUUUCUAUGCUCUCCAGCAUUGUUGAUCUUAUCGUCAAUUUCUUCCAUGGCCUAGUUGAUCUCGCGGGCGGACUGGUGUCUUUCUUCUUAGGGAAUCUACUUAUGCUUGCCGUACUCGGCGCCGCAGUCUUUGGGUUCUUGCAGUACCAGCGCAGUCAGGGCCGGACGGUGAAGGUUGGAGAUAAGAAGCUGAAUUAGCGAGUUCCUUUUCUCUAUGUAGAACGUUAUGGUGCGGAGUCUUUACCUGAGCUACUCAAGCAACCACCUAGUAAUGGAGAUCCAUAUCUA